CCGCACUGCUUAAACCGCAGUCACCAUUCGAAGCCUAAAUUUUUUUUUUCUUCUUUCAAAAAUCACUUUUUUAAGACUGAUUUAUUUAUGACAUUAUAUUUAUGAAAAAUAUUAUAUAAAUAAUCAACAAUACUAUUUACUUUAUAAAAAUUUAUGUCUAACUGCAUUAUCUGGACCAUCCUACGAAGAUUCAUUCAUGACUAGAUUUACUUGUAUCAUAUUAAAGCUCCUUUAUAAUUUUUUUUUUGUAGUCUGCAUUAAUAAACCGCUCUUCUCUGGAAUUUGAAACCUGAAUUUUCUAUAAUCAGCAAUAAAUUGGAUAGUAUGGAGCUCGAACCCCAGACUUGGAUAUAAAAUCUUUAAACUUUAACUAAUAGACUACAGUUCCACCACAAAUCACUUAAAAUAGAUUUUGUUAGUGUUAAAUAAAUUUUAUAAUAUAUUUAAUUAUAAAAUUAUUUUGAUGAAUUAGAUAAAUUUAUAGAUUUGAAUUAAUAUUAUUAUUUGAUUUACGAGAUUUAAUACUGAUUUAGAUUGAUUUAAAUUAAUUUAGUUUUUAUAUCUCUUAAAUAGCAUAAAUCAGAUUUUAUAAGAAAAUUAUUGUGGCUAUUACUAAUUUGCCAUUUAGGCACUUCUUAAACCGAUUUUCGGAACACACUCGAAAGCGUUUUCUUUUGUAAUAAUAAAAGGUUAAAAACCCAAAUAAAUUAGGGCGGCAAUAAGUAAAACCCUGGCCACCAUAAAACCUCGCCACAGAACGGAGAAGAAGAACACAAAGUGUUGCCCUUUACGAUUCUCUUUCAUCAAAUUCAAUGGCUUUCUGGGGAGUUGAAGUGAAGCCAGGAAAGCCUUUCACUCUCAAGGCGGCUACUAACGAUGCCAAAAGACUUCACCUUUCCCAGGCGACAUUGGGGCUUAGUAGCUCGGGAACAAACAGAAGCAUUCUUCAGUGUAACGUUGGGAACAAAAGUCCACUUUUCCUAUGUGUCCUGUCUCCCGAAAAGGUUGAUUCUUGCCAGCUCAACAUCGAGUUUCAAGAAGCUGAGGAUGUUAUCUUCUCUGUCAUCGGUCCUAGGAGUGUUCACCUCACUGGCUACUUCCUUGGAAGGAGUAGCACCGGCGGUUUGAGCCUAAAUGACGACGAAUCGGAGUCGUUUGGAGAAGACAUUGUUGACACAGACGUGGAGAAAGGGAGCAGUGAUGAUUAUGACUACAGCGAUAGUUUCAUUAAUGAUGAUGCUGAUCAUCCAUCUUCUACUGACGAUGAUGACUUGACUGUUAAGGAGAGGGUAGCUAAAACAAAGGCAAAGAAGGGAAAUAAAAGACUAAGGAAGAAGUUUCAGGUCUCUGAUUCAGAUUCUGAUGAAACAUCUGCCAGAGCUGCCAGUGAGGACUCCGUAGAGAUACUUAAUGACCACAAGACCCCGAAGGUCCUUUCGUCAGAGGCUCCUUUGCCUUCAAGGGUCACGAGGUCAAAGGCAAGAAGUGCGACUUCGGAAAAUGGUGAGAAGACAUCAGAAGCAACAACUCAUACACACAAGGCUGUGGAUAAUAAAAAGGAGGAGAAACCAUCUGGUGACGUUGAACCUUCUCCCGUUAAGAACAGCUCUGAAUUGCUUUCGAAGAAGGAGAAGAAGAAGAAGAAAAGAAACAAGGAACCAGUUGUUAUUAACACAGACGAAGAUAUGCCUGGAAGUCAGAAGCCAGAGACUGACAAAGCAAUUGAAUCAUCAGCUGAUGUAACACUAUCAAAGAAAAAGAGGAAAAAAGAGAGGAAAGAGGAGACUACAGGCAGAAAGAAACAAGCUACCGAAAAGAACAUGGAGAAAGAAGCUAGUAGUACUAAGAAACUACCAGAAUCAGAGCUUUCUCCAAAUGAGGUGACAGUUGAAGAGAUUGAAAAAGGGAAGUCAGAUGGUAAAGUAGCUGUUCAAGGGAAAAAGGUCAGCAUACUCUAUACUGCGAAGUUGAAGGACACUGGGAAAGUGUUUGAAUCAAACUUGGAAGGAUCUCCAUUAAAAUUUCGCUUAGGUGGAGAAAAGGUCAUAAAAGGUCUCAGCAAUGGUGUUGAAGGGAUGCGAGUUGGUGAUAAGAGAAGACUCGUAAUUCCACCAUCUCUUGGAUACUCAGAGGAAGGAUUGAAGAAGGAAAAUGUGCCUAAGAACUCGUGGCUUGUCUAUGAAGUAGAGGCAGUAAAAGUGAGAUGAUGCCAUUGGCUCUUUUUGACCUUUUGAAACAAACAAGCUUUAACCUUCUGCCCUGAGUCAUCUAUUCGUUUUCUAUUGCCUCCAAUUGGCUUGUCACUUCUAUCAUUUUUCUCAAAAGAAUCUAAAUCCAGGAAAAAAGAUAAACAUUUUCAUUCUAUGAUCACCAAGAUUGUUUCAGUUCGAA